CCAUUUCCAUGUUCUGAGUGUGGGAAAUGUUUUACACGGAAAUCAGCUCUUGUUAGACAUGAGAGAAGUCACACAGGUGAGAAGCCAUUUCCAUGUUCUGAGUGUGGGAAAUGUUUUCCACGGAAAUCAGGUCUUGUUGCACAUCAGAGAAGUCACACAGGUGAGAAGCCAUUUCCAUGUUCUGAGUGUGGGAGAUGUUUUCCACGGAAAUCAGGUCUUGUUGAACAUGAGAGAAGUCACACAGGUGAGAAGCCGUAUUCCUGUUCUGAGUGUAGGAAAUGUUUUGCAACAAAAUCAUUUCUUGUUAUACAUCAGAGAAGUCACACAGGUGAGAAGCCAUAUUCCUGUCCUGAGUGUGGGAAGUGUUUUUCAUCGAAAUCACAUCUUGUUAGUCAUCAGAGAAGUCACACAGGUGAGAGGCCAUUUUCCUGUUCUGAGUGUGGGAAAUGUUUCGCACAGAAAUCAGCUCUUGUUACACAUCAAAGAAGUCACACAGGUGAGAAGCCAUUUUCCUGUUCUGAGUGUAAGAAAUGUUUUCCACGGAAAUCAGAUCUUGUUCUACAUCAGAGAAGUCACACAGGUGAGAAGCCGUAUUCCUGUUCUGAGUGUGGGGAAUGUUUUGCACAGAAAUCACAUUUUGUUAUUCAUCUGCAUGCUCACACAGGUGAGAAGCCAUUUCCAUGUUCUAAGUGUGGGAAAUGUUUCGCACAGAAAUCAGCUCUUGUUAUACAUCAAAGAAGUCACACAGGUGAGAAGCCAUAUUCCUGUUCUGAGUGUAGGAAAUGUUUUACACGGAAAUCAGCUCUUGUUAUACAUCAGAGAAGUCACACAGGUGAGAAGCCUUAUUCCUGUUCUGAGUGUGGGAAAUGUUUUGCACAGAAAUCAGAUUUUGUUACUCAUCUGCAUGCUCACACAGGUGAGAUGCCAUUUUCCUGUUCUGAGUGUGGGAAAUGUUUCACAAAGAAAUCAGCUCUUGUUACACAUCAAAGAAGUCACACAGGUGAGAAGCCAUUUUCCUGUUCUGAGUGUGGGAAAUGUUUUGCACGGAAAUCAGAUCUUGUUCCACAUCAGAGAAGUCACACAGGUGAGAAGCCAUUUCCAUGUUCUGAGUGUGGGAAAUGUUUCACACAGAAAUCAGCUCUUGUUCCACAU